AUGGCUAUGAUUGGGAUUGUAUCCGAAGAACUCAAAGAAGAAAACUACGAGUUUUGGAAAGUAUGCUUAAAAAGUUAUCUGGUUGGUCAAGGCCUAUGGGAUGUUGUCUCCACAGAACCUACAUCCAAAGAAGAGGCUAAGCCAGAAUGGCAACAGAAGAAUGCUCAGGCUUUACAUGCGAUUCAACUCGCCUGUGGAUCGCGCGCUUACUCCAAGUACAAGAAGAAGACGCAUGUUUCGGCUAAAUUUGCUUGGGAUCACCUGGCCGAGAUGCAUCUCACUACCCCAUCUCACCAUACACAAGUCACCAAUGACCAAGAUGUAUCAGAGGUUAAAGAGCACCUUCGAUAUGGAAACCUAUACAGUGCUGUAGUGAAGGAUAUAACCGGAGAAGUGCAUGAUAUCCUUACGAAUGAUCCUGGUGCUAGUACAGCAAUUGUGUCUUCUCAUAGAGAUACAGCUCUUCAUGUUGCAAUCCUCCAUGGACAUAUGAAGAUGGCACUAGAAUUGGUGAAGAGAAUGCCCCCAGAAGGACUAGAAAUGGCUAAUGAGUUUGGUGCCACCCCUCUCUCUCUAGUUGCUAUAACCGAAGACACGAAACUGGCUAUGGCCAUGGUGCAAAAGAAUAGCAAGUUAGUUAACAUAAAAAGAGGAGACACCGAAGAAAGUUCGCUUCCUGUGAUUGUGGCCUCGAUGUAUGGUAAAAAGCGUAUGGUUCACUAUCUCUACAACAAGACUCCGAAGGAUCUGUUCGACCCGACAAAAGGCUUGGAUGGUGUGUUGCUUCUGAAUAAUUUGAUCACUGCAGACUUAUUUGAUAUUGCUUCGAUGCUACUGCACAAGUUCCCGAAGCUAGGAGUUACCGCGGAUUGCCAUGGUGAUUACGCUCUACAUAAAUUGGCACACAAGCCUUCUGCAUUUGCAAGCGGAAGCGAAUUUUCGUUUUGGAAGCACUGGAUCUAUAGCUUGCCCGACAUCAAGCAUUUGCAUGAUCAAAAGUUGGUAAAUGAUGAAGCAAGUAAGCUCCUUAGUUGCAUUUUUAAGGAAAUAAAGGAAAUGAGUAGCUUACAGCUCGAAAAGAUGGAGAUCGACAAAGCUGUGCACAUUGCGAUUAAACAUGGAAUCGUCGAGUUUGUGGUCGAACUAUUGAAGUUCAAUCCCGAGUUCAUAUGGAGGAAAGACAAAAGGGGAAGAACAAUCUUUUCGCAUGCAAUCAUUCUUCGACAAGAAAAAAUAUUCAGUCUUUUUUAUAGAUUGGGGAUGAAGAAAAGCAUAGUAGCGAGUCGACAUGAUAUAUUCCGAAACAAUUUUCUACAUCUUGCAGCAAAGCUUUCACCUCCGUCUCAACUCGAACGUGUUUCAGGAGCUGCUUUGCAAAUGCAAAGGGAACUGCAAUGGUAUAAGGAGGUGGAAAGCUUAGUACAACCCAAAUACAAAGAUCAAGUGAAUGAAAACAAUAGGAAGCCAUCCACUUUAUUCACUGAAGAACACAAAGAUCUAGCAAAAGAAGGUGAAAAAUGGAUGAAGAACACUGCUGGAUCAAGUAUGAUCGUAGGAACUCUUAUCGCUGCGGUCAUGUUUACAACCGCCUUCACCGUACCCGGUGGCAACAACGAGUUGAAUGGCCUACCCAUAAUGUUAAACACCGACAGUAACCCGUUCAUGAUAUUUACAGUCACAAAUGGACUUUCUCUCUUCACGUCAUCCACUUCGGUGCUAAUGUUCUUAGGAAUUCUAACUGCACGAUACGCAGAAGAUGAUUUCCUUGUGUCGUUGCCCACCAAAUUGGUUUUUGGAAUCGCAUGCCUCUUCUUCUCGAUAGUUACCAUGAUGAUUUCGUUCGCUGCUGCAUUGUAUCUAAUGCUGCACAAGAGUUUACCAUGGGUAUCCAUACCUCUUAUCGUUCUUUCUACUUUCCCGUUAUUUAAGCAGCAAGGGGUUGCAGAAGAUAGAUUGCAGUUGUUGGUGGAUGUUAUUGGUGCAUUUAGGCCCGGUGUGCUAACUGCAUUGGUGGGGGCUGUGGAGAAAGCAGUUUCACAGCCUAAAACUCGGGAUUCGGCCGAUUUGGUCAACUAA